AUGUCGACAGAUGUCGAGCCCCCUUCAUCUCCUAAAUUAUCAUUCACCACACACAAUCAUUCAAAGUCCGUUCGCAAGACAACACCCCAUGGACCCCCGCCAGCUGCCUUCGAUACGCAAGCUGAUCAUCGUAAGCAUGGCCGAUCCGCGUCUUUUAGCGGGUUUGUCUCUCGCAUGUUGCCUUCUCGCCGACCAGAAAAAGGGCAUGCCCUACGGGCCGGUUUUCAAGACGGCGGUCCCCAUAACGCUGUGGACCUCGUUUUUGGGCUCGCUGAUGAUCAUCGUUCGUCGGUCGUGGCCACUGGUGAGACUGGUGACGGCAGUUCGGAGAGGAAGAUCAAGAGCUGGGCUCCGCAUAAUCCUGACAUUUCAGGGGCUCAUAGCCCAGCUGAUCAGGCAGUUCGAUCGAACCGAUCUGGAGGUUCCUAUGAGAAUAGAGGAGAGAUUCGUAGAAGGCCGCGUUCAUUGAGCAUAGGCUGGUUGCUAGCUUCGAAACGUGUUGAGGAGAAGGAAGAUAAUGUGGAAUCCGUCACCGCUGAGAGAGGAGAAGGUACACAUUUGCGAAAGUAUUCGACGCCACUGGGGUUGCCUCAAAGAUCGCCUGAUGUUUCUCAAGGAAUCGAUAUCCCAAGGUCGUCUGCUUCUGUUCUUGACGUUGAAUCUAGCAAAUCUCGGCAGCUUUUCGAUAAGAAGAAAUCCCAUCGCGAGCAAAGGAAAAGCUUGCGCGAAAGUGGCGAUUUUCUUGGUGUUCAAGGUGCAAAUCCGAGGACUGGAAUGUGGGAUCUCAGCGACAAUACAACGAGCAGCAGUGCUCCAAGUCAUGUUAGCAGCGAGACCAAGAGGAAGUUAGAACAGCAUGCAAAGGAACUGAAGGAGUCGAAACUGAAGUAUGAAGAGGCCAAAUCGAAACAGCGUGUGGAAAUUCAGAGAGUCCAGACUCUGAAAGAGCUCAAGAGGAAAGAAAAAGUCGAGCGAAAGAAAUCAGAGAGCAAAUCGAAGCAAAAGAGACGGGGCAAGUGGAAGGUUGGUGACAAUGGCUGGAGCAGUGUUGCUGAACCUGGUCUCAGUCCGAUCCUGCAGUCAGUCGCAGCAACUCCAACAAGAGAAAUCCCAUCAUUCGACAAGCUACUUCCGAUGCCGUGCUCUGCUGAUGCCGACCCGUUCUGGAAAGACGCAUCCAUUGCAACAAGUGAAUACUUCCCUCCUCGAGGCCCCUCAUCACCGCUAGCACUUGGUAGCUUUGAGCAGUCAAAUGUAAUGAAAAAGACUCCCCUUACACAAUCAAGCGCAGCGAUCAAGCGAAAGCCUGUAGGGUCGCCCCCAAGUCGUGGAUCUGGUAGUGGCUCAACAGAAACGAUUGUCCACGUGCCUAGUCACCUCUCAGAAACCACUCCAACGAUCAAGAAAGCCGUUCCUCCUAAGCUGGCAGAUGAGGAUUCGGCGGCAGUGAUAGAGCUCAAAGUCCCAGGCCAGUUCUCUUCAUUGAAUGCCAAGUCACACACUCCCUCGAAACCCUAUCAUUUUUUAGACAUUGGCAAGGGCCGAGCGACAAAACGCAGCCCUUACGAGAGACUGGCUACAGUGAUCUCAUUCCAGUCGGUCCCGACGAGCCAAGUACGUAUCCACGAACCCUCACCCGACAGUCGACGGGUAUUUUCACAUCAAGGAAAGGUUAUCAGCUCCCUCAGCGAACUACCUCCGGUUUCUUUGAAGGAUCCCGUGGCGGCUCGCACUCCAUCACGAAUCCCAUUGAGCUCGCAACCCCAGAGAAUCCAACCAAACAUACAGACUCAAGUAUGGGCACCACCAACGAUCAUCGACACGAAGACCGACAAACCAGGAUCACACACCAACACAUCCACCACCACCACUACUGGAUUCACUCCUCUUCGUCGGGCUCUCGCUCAAUUAGACGGACAGGACGAUUACGAGAGCAACGGCAAUUCCCAUCUUACUCCUCGCGAGAAGACGAGCAGAAUUCCGCUGCGAUCAAGCUCCCUACCGAACAACAAACGCAAGAGCACGCCGAAGGAGAAGUUCCCAACUCAUACAGUCGGCACCGAUACAUACUCGGAACACCACCUGGAUCAAACGAAACACAGAACCGAAAGGUUAUGUCAAACGGCUUCUCCAAAAGAAAAGAAGGAACCGCAGAAGAGCACACUCACAUCCACAUCUACGUUCCCUCGCAGCACCAACCAGAAAGCCCUCGCCCACAACGCAGCAUUAAUAGCUUUUCAAAGUCCCAAGGCAGGAAGGUCGACGGAGCCGAAGGAAGCCCAUAGUAGUGAUGCCCCGACCGCUCCGAAGGUACGUCUUCAAAAACUAGAAGGCAAUGCCGGACGAGUCAAGACCGGAUCUCCCACCAGGCUGCCAAGAACCAAGAGGCACGAUAUCAAGGACACGAUCCAGGUGGGAACACCGACAGGGGAACUUCACCAUGUCAAGAGAAAUGCUGUUGCUCUUUCCCAUCCUGCACCGGAGAGGAAGAGGAAGGUCAUAAUACACGAGAAGGGUGUCUCCUUAGCCAGCGAGACUCCGAAAACGGGUCGGCCAUGUGUGUCACUCAGAGAUGUAGUAGCCAGUGUCUUGCAUACUGCGUGGUGGAUCGUGGGGCCCGUAUUUGAUCCGGCGUCGGAGUUGCGAAAUCGAUGGGCAUAUCGCAAACUCACCUGGAGAGAUAUGGGAACGUUUACUGCGGCCGGAAUAUUUGCGGUUGCCAUGUUCACGAUAACAAUUGUGUUUACCCGUGUAUUGGGAAUGGCUUUCCAGGUUCUCAGAUCUUUUGUUAGCUUGUUCAAGCUGGUAACUGGGUGA